AUGCCGCGCCGGCUUCUGAUUGGCUCGCGAUUGAUCAUUCAAAGGGCGGAAACCUGCCCUUCACAGUCCGGCGCCGCCGUUAAGCGCUCGCUCUCUUUGGCAAACCGCUCUCAGUGCGUCUUCUUCGAGUCAUCUAGCGUCGCUGGAGGUCAAAUUGGACACCUCUCCACUCCAAAAUCCUUUCCUCUCCGCUUUCACCUCUUUUGCCGCUCUCUCUGUGUCCGCGCAGUUGCCAGAUUUGCUCCCAGUCAUAGUCUUCUCAACAUGAAGCACCUCCUUCGACUAGGCCGGACGAGUACGCGAUCGUUUCCCGGUUGCCCCUCCCAUUCUCCCUUUUUACGAUAUAGCCUCAAUGCCACCUGGCAACGGUGCUACAGCGCCUGGCAGCCGCCAAGCAGAAGUGAAGGGCUCCCAGAUAUCGAUGCUUCGAAGCUCACCGUCACUAAAACCGCUAAUUCGAAGCAACUUUUACCCCCAAAAGAACUUAUUUUCGGUUCUACUUUCACAGACCACAUGCUCCAGGUGAAUUGGAAUACCAAAGACGGGUGGCUUGCGCCAGAAAUUAUCCCCUAUCAAAACCUUAGUCUUGACCCGGCCACUUGCGUCUUCCACUAUGCGUUCGAAUGCUUUGAAGGAAUGAAAGCCUAUAAGGGAAAGGAUGGUUCGAUCAGAUUGUUCAGGCCAGAUAAGAACAUGGCGCGACUCAACAAGUCUUCGAAACGUAUUGCAUUACCGACCUUUGAUGGCAACACCAUGAUUAAGCUGAUUGGUGAAUUGGUGAAGCUUGACAGCAGAUUCAUUCCACAACCUACCAUGAUUGGUACUCAGAAGACACUUGGUGUUUCGCCUCCAGGCUCAGCCAUGCUUUUCGUCAUUGCAAGCCCUGUUGGUCCUUAUUAUCCUACCGGCUUCAAAGCUGUGUCCUUGGAGGCCACAGAUUACGCCGUUCGUGCCUGGCCAGGGGGUGUUGGGGACAAGAAACUUGGAGCAAACUAUGCGCCCUGCAUUGUUCCACAGCUUGAAGCUUCAACCCGUGGGUUCCAGCAGAAUCUCUGGCUUUUUGGCGAGGAGCAGUACUUAACCGAAGUUGGCACCAUGAACCUCUUCAUCGCAUUGAAAAACAAGGAGACUGGCCAGAACGAGCUCAUUACACCUCCGUUGGAUGGCACUAUUCUGGAGGGUGUGACGCGUGACUCUGUGCUGACCCUUGGCCGUGAGAGGUUGUCUCCUAAAGGCUGGAAGGUCCAUGAGCGCAAGAUCACUAUGGCGGAAAUUGCGCAGGCAGCAGACGAAGGCCGACUGAUUGAAGUUUUCGGUGCCGGUACUGCCGCCAUUGUCAGCCCCGUUCGCAAUAUCAGCUGGAAAGGACGCCUUGUCGACUGCGGGCUGAAGAAAGAUGAAGAGGCAGGCAAGGUUGCGCUUGAUAUGAAGAACUGGAUCGAAGGAAUCCAGUAUGGUGAGGAAGAUCAUCCAUGGAGAUUUCGGUUUGCGCUUGGAGGCGUCAAUUAUAGACCCAGAUAA